AGCUUUCGUCUUUUAGCUUGGCUUGUGUUGCGUUGUCUCUUCUUCUCUUCUUCAUUUUGCUUCUUAUACUCUUCAAACUCAGCUCUCAAUUCACCACUCUUUCAAGAUCCAACCACCAUUGCCCACUUCCUUUCAGCUUUUAUCUCGAUCAAAUUUGGUUCCUUUUUUGUAAUUUCAUUUUCUGUCGAUUUAGGGCUCAUUGUUUGACCCCUUCAUUUUUUUUUUCCCGAAAUUAGUACGAAACCCACUGCAUUUAUUCCGUUUUUAGGUCUUUGAUAUUAGAUUCAGUUUUUAACUUUUGUAAAUUUCUAUUUUGGAGGCCAGAUCAGAGGACGGGUUUUAUUUGAUUUUAAUCUUUUUUUUUUAGAUGUUUUAGGGGUUUUUUGUGGGCAGGCUGGUUCGUUGACUUUUGAUCGAAUUUUUGACCGGGAUUAGCUGGGAUUGACUGAUUUGAAUUGAAUUGAGGUUGCAUGUGGAAGAUUGUGUAGGUUUGUGAUAAAAGUUUAGUGCUUUAGCGCCGAAUUCAGUUUGCUAUUGGAAAUUUAGGGUUUUGAUUUUUGAAUUUUAUUUUGGUAAUUCAAGGGUUUUUGUAGUUUAGGGAUUCUUUUUUUUGGGUGACUUUGCAUGUGUAAACAUUAAGGGGUCCUCUGCUCACUUGUAGAGGAUCCCUACUUGUAUAGCAAAAAGUAAUCGACGAACAAUUGGGAUCUUAAGUCAUUCUGCUUUGAAGAUGAGUUGGACAAAUGCAAUAGUUCGUUGAUUUUGAGUUUUAGUGAAGAAAAAUUCAAGUGGGGUUGUGUUGAAAUUGGCAUUUGGUGGAUUGGCAUUUGUAUUUGUGUGGAUAAGUAUUCAUACAAAAUUUAGAACGAAAUGUUUAGUUCUGGUCGAGGCACUGGACAUAACAAUAGUGGGGUGACGGGUUCGCCUUUGAUUCCGGUUCGGUUUGUGUGGCCGCAUGGAGGGAGAAGGGUGUUUCUCAGUGGCUCUUUUACUGGGUGGUCAGAGCAUAUGCCUAUGUCACCGUUGGAAGGAUGUCCUAAUGUGUUUCAGAUUAUUUGCAGGUUGCCGCCAGGAUACCACCAGUAUAAAUUCUUUGUUGAUGACGAAUGGCAUCAUGUUGAGGAGCAGCACUAUGUAAGUGGGACUUAUGGGGUAGUGAAUACCGUCCUCGUACCUGUGGAACCAAAUGUAGUGGUUUCUACUGCCUCACUCCCUGAGAUACCUGGUAACAUGGAGGUAGACGAUGUUAUUAUGCGUCCGGAAGCUGUUACACAAAUCUCAGAGGCUGAUUUAAGGGUCUCUCGUCAGCGUAUAUCUGUAUUUUUGUCUACACAUACCGCAUAUGAGUUGCUUCCCGAGUCAGGCAAGGUUAUUGCCUUGGAUGUUAAUCUACCUGUGAAACAAGCAUUUCAUAUUCUCUAUGAACAGGGAGUCCCUGUGGCUCCUCUCUGGGAUUUCUGCAGGGGCCAAUUUGUUGGAGUUCUUACUGCAUUGGACUUCAUCCUGAUUUUAAGAGAGUUGGGGACUCAUGGAUCUAAUUUAACGGAGGAAGAAUUAGAGACACAUACCAUAGCAGCUUGGAAAGAAGUGAAAGCUCAUCUUAAUCGACAAAUUGAAGGCAAUGGUUUUACACAUCCUAAACCUUUUGUCCAUGCUGGUCCAUAUGAUUCUAUGAAAGAUGUUGCUUUGAAAAUUUUGCAAAACAAGGUGGCUACAGUUCCCAUUAUUAAUUCAACAUCACCGGAUGGUUCAUUUCCACAGCUACUACAUAUUGCCUCCCUGUCUGGAAUACUAAAAUGUAUAUGUCGGCAUUUUAAACAUUCUUCUAGCUCAUUGCCCAUUCUUCAACAACCGAUAUCUUCAAUUCGUUUGGGUACAUGGGUCCCACAAAUUGGGCAAGCAAAUGGUCGGCCAUUUGCAAUGUUGAGACCAAAUGCUUCACUCGGUGCUGCCCUAUCUUUGUUAGUUCAAGCUGAAGUCAGUUCAAUACCUAUUGUGGAUGAUAAUGACUCGUUGGUGGAUAUAUAUUCACGAAGUGAUAUCACUGCUUUGGCGAAGGAUAGAGUUUAUGCUCAGAUACAUCUUGAGGAAAUGAGUAUUCAUCAGGCGUUGCAACUGGGACAAGAUACAAAUCCUUCAUAUGGCUUCAAUGGACAGAGAUGUCAGAUGUGUUUGCGAUCUGAUCCUUUACAGAAAGUGAUGGAGCGGUUGGCAAAUCCUGGGGUUAGGAGACUUAUUAUCGUUGAGGCAGGCAGCAAGCGUGUAGAAGGUAUCAUCUCAUUGAGUGAUGUUUUUAGGUUCUUGCUCGGUGUUUAGCUGGAAUCCCGUCGACCAUUUUGCACAAAGGGCUUUGCUGUGAAUAUCAGUGGUACUUACAUUGCCUCUCUUUAUAUGCAAAGCCCUCCGUCCCAGCUUUGCAUGGUGAAUGGUAUGCUUUGUUCUUACGCGUCUUUGAUUUGAUGGGCCGCUGCAUGUGACGUGUCCGAGCCCUUCCCAUUGUUAGAGUAGAAAUUUUAAAGAGCAAAAAAGAAUUUGUAUAUUGUGCGCAUUCGAUUUCUUUUUACCUUCAUUUUUAUAACCCAAUUGCUGCUCCGGAGCAGCUGCCAUGUUUGUGUCUAGUGCUAGCUAACAAAAAAAUGAGGUCCCAAAAAAAAAAGGUUUAAAAUGUAUGUAGCAGCACCCCUAUGCUGCAGAUGGGCCUAUGUAGAAAGUGGUGGGUAAUUCAAUUUUUAGCUUCUCUCUGCUAAAUGGAA